GCUUUGACAUUUCGCUAAAUUUGUUAGACGAGAAAAUUGUAGAGUAUUUGUUAGUAGCUGCGCAAUUUUUACAUAGUUUUACGGAAAUUUUUUCUGGCACUAUUUUAAUUCUUGUUCAGUAACUUGAUUAAGUAACAGUGGAAAAAAUAGGUGUGGAGUUGCAUGGGUCUAAGAAGCUCGUAAUUAUUUCAUUACUAUGCAUACAUAUGUAUUUUAAGGGAAAUGUUUUCGCUUUUUCGUAUCUUACAACGGAGUAUUCGGUUGGACCCAAAAUUAUACAAUUUGAGUCGAGUAUUUAAUCUUAAUUUUCCUGUGCAGAAAACCCACGCACUCACAAACCUAAGAAAUUUUUCGGAUAAACCAUACAGCCAGGAAAAUACUGUUAAUACAAUAAGUAAGAAAAUGGAAAACAAAACCGAAAAAGUUAGUGUGAAUAAAGAGGAGCUGAAGAAACGUCUAACACCCCUUCAAUAUCAGGUGACACAGGAGGCUGCUACAGAGCGACCAUUUACAGGUUGUUACAAUAAACACUAUGAAAAGGGUAUAUACCGCUGCAUUGUUUGCCAGCAAGACCUCUUCAGUUCCGAUACCAAAUACGAUUCAGGUUGUGGAUGGCCCGCUUUCAAUGAUGUGCUUGAUAAAGGCAAAAUAACAUUACAUCGUGAUGCUAGUAUUCCAGUAGUAAUUUCGAAAAUGCUAGGCAUGGUGCGUACAGAGGUGCGUUGCUCCAAAUGCUCGGCGCAUAUGGGACACGUUUUUGAUGAUGGUCCACCACCAAAAAAUCUACGCUACUGCAUCAAUUCGGCGUCAAUAGAUUUUACACCGCUGAAGUCUAACAGCAACUCUGCCUCUAGUUCAUCUAACACCACAAAUGCUUCCUUCUCAAAAGGGCAUGUGAAAAAAUAAUCUUCUAUAGAAGCAUACAUACAUACAUAUACAUAUAUGUAUGUUGAAAUAAAAAUAAAUAAAGCAUAUGUUAUUAGCAAAAAAAAUCAAUUAAUAUUUAAAGUUGCCUGUUCAUUUCUGCAUAUAAACUACAUACCUACAUGUAAAAUAUAUGUAUGUAUUUAAUAUAUGCAUAUAUUCAUGUAUUAUUUACAUUGAACAAAUUAAAAUUAAGGAAGGUGAUGAGUAUUUUUAAUAGUAGUAAAGAAAUACGAAUAUUCUAAUGGACAAGGAUUACUAAGUUUUUAUAUUUCAUACAAGCAUACACACAUACGAGUAUGUACAUAUGUAAAUGAAAAUAAAAUUCAUGAACGUAUGGGCUUUUACAUUUAUUAUUUUACUCUGCAAAAUAUUUGUACUGUUCUGCAAAAUCUUCGACUUCGAAAGGGACAAGUAUAUGAAAUCUUAAGAAAUUUUAUCAGUCACAUGUAUGUAUGACUUUAUAAAGUUAGUUACAUAAAAAAAAUUGUAUUUCCAAUUGUUUUCUUUAACUUAAUUUCUUUACAUUUUUUCCAUAUAUAUUUUUAAUUUUCUUAAACAUACCAACAUACAUUAUUCAUACGUAUUUCAUUCCAACAUUAAAAAGCCUAUCCAUUUCUUUCUUUUACAUUAUUGCCGGAUGGUGUAUAGUUAAAUAAUAUUGAACAUUGAUUGUUCAGGCAGCCAAAUGGUGAAAUUGGUUAAAAAGUGAUAGUCUAAGCAAGACAUAAAUUUAUAACAAAAAUUAAUUAAGGAACGGAAAAGUACUUAAUAUUAUGUUACUAUUGGCGUUUGGUAAAUGUUUGUGUGUCGUUAAUUUUUUUUUUUACAAUACCUACAAAGAAAAACUAACUUUUGUGCAUGUAUAUGUAGGAGCUCUACAUCUGCAAGCUCAGAUCCAGAAUGUAGCAAGAGUAGUGAAUACUGGCAAAUUCUACUGUAUGUUUUAAAUUUGAGAGAUUAAAUGGAAAACUAUAUAUAUAUAUCUAUAUAAUUGAGUAAAUAGUUCGUUCACUCCGCGAAGCCAGGAAAAAAACCCCAUGCUAAUUAAAAAUAAUUCACUGAAGAGAGGAUAAAGUAAAUUUUUACUUUAGACAAUUUAUUUUUAAUUUUAGAAAUUUUGAUAUUUCGUAGCGACUCAUUGUGUGUGAAUUAUGUACACCAGCUACACUAAAUUGGCUCCCAAAUUAUACUUUGCCUUCGCAUGUUUUACGCUAAUGCAGCCUAUCAAUAAGUAAAUAAUUAAAAAUAUUAUAUUUAUAGUACAGUUAAUAAUUUAAAUUAUGUCAUUGAAAAUAAUGAAUUUUUUUAUAUAUUUUUUCUAUUUCUCCCUUUUUCGCUUUUUAUACAUGUGCCUGUACGGGGGUCUCAAUUUUACACUCAUAACGACAUAUAUAAAUAACGCAAUAUUAAAAUCUGUUAAAUCAUAUAAAAAUUAUUUAAUAUAAACAUAUUUGCAUCUGAUGUUAAUUUAAUAUCAUUAAACGUUGUGAUAUUUUUGUUAAUUUCACUUCACUUCAUAUUCAUAUCAAACAACAAUACCAAUCAACGCUUAUGGAUUUUCAUCAUGUAACUUAUAAUUAACUGUAAUUAAAAUGCCAUUUGCAAUAUAUAUACAUAAAUAUAUAUAUUUAUAAAAUACUAAACUUUCAUAUUGUUUUCGCAACGCAUAAAUAUUGUUGUGGAAUUUAACUUUCAAAUUUUCACCAAAAAUAUUCUGCUGCACUCUUUCAAUUACAUUUUUGAUUUUUAAUCAUUUGCUAUAUUUGGUUUUUGCUUUAAUUCUACUACUUACUCUACAUUCCACUCUCAUUGCUUCGUUGUUCCUCUUUUCAUUUGAAUCGACUCGACUCGACUCAUUUUCUCUCGACUUUCACUCUCAUGGCUCAUGCCUCACGUAUGCAUUUCACCUUUUGCUCUUCUGUUCUUCUGUUUUUUCCGUAUGAUUUUUGUCUGUUUACGUUUCAAAAAAAAAAAAAAAAAAAACCUUAUUCAAUACUUAUUUUAAUUUUAUUAUUUAUUUUUUUAAAAUAUUUUUUGUAUUAUUAUUAUUUUUUAUUUUAUAUUUAUUUAUUUUAUCUACCGUUAUAUUCCUAUCAUCUAUAAACUAUGUAUGUACCUUGUACGCUAAUUUGCCACCCAACUAAUGACAAAUUUAAUUGAAAAUAAAAACUGUAAAUUGCAAUUGAAACACCUUGAAACACAUCUCCCUUAUGGAAUUUGUGCUAAAUAAUAUCUUGUAUAUGUAUCUUCUACCUGCCCAUCACCAAAAUAUCCAAUAUAAUUUCCAAAAAAAAAAAAACAAACAAAAAAAAAAUAAAAUGUCUUAUAUACAUAUUUAUAUAA